CUCGUUGACGAGCGUAUUGUGAAAUGUCUAAUUGUUUUUUUUUUCCGAACAAGAGUAUGAUAAUGAAUGUCUAAAUUAUGGUGAUAAACCGUUUGGAUCCGGAAUAAGGAAAGUAAAUCCCUAAAUAUGGCCUCGAGGGGAGACAAAGGGAAUGGAAAUGGCGAGGAGCAGAUUGUGGAGACGUUGGCGGAGGUGUUCCGCUGCUUCAUAUGUAUGGACAAGCUGGUGGACGCGCACCUGUGUCCGCACUGCUCGAAGCUGUUCUGCUAUGCCUGCGUUCGGCGGUGGCUGACGGCGAAGCGUUCGCGCUCGCAGUGCCCUCACUGCCGUGCCUCCUUGCACCUACAUGAGCUGGUCAACUGCCGCUGGAUUGAAGAGGUCACGCAGCAGAUAGAGACCAUGCAACAGACCAACUCUGCCACCCAGAGGGAGAGCUUUAGAGACAGCACAUUGGGCUGA